AUGUCAAGAAGAAGAGUAGGUGGUAAACCAAAGCCAGCUGCCAAAGCUGCGGCUGGUAAGGAUCAUCAUACCCAAUUCCUAGAGGCCUUGAAGUUAUAUGAAGGUAAACAAUACAAAAAGUCUAUCAAACUUUUGGAAACUAUAAUGAAGAAGCAAAUUACUUCGGAGUUUCUGGCAUUGAAGGGUCUAAACCAUUAUUUCCUUGGUGAGAAAGAAGAGGCCUCUGAUUACAUCGGACAAGCCAUCAAUAAGAUCGAAGGCACAAAAGCUACCGCUAUCUGCUGCCAUCUUUUAGGUAUUUACAAAAGAUCAGUUAAGGAAUACAAUGAGUCCAUUAAAUGGUUUCAGGCAUCUCUUGACAAUGGCUCCACCAACAAACAAAUCUACAGAGAUCUGGCUACUUUACAAUCACAUGUUGGUGAUUUCAAGGCUGCACUAGUCUCUAGAAAGAAAUACUGGGAAUCCUUUGUUGGAUAUCGUGCCAAUUGGACUGCAUUAGCCGUUGCUCAAGAUAUCAACGGUGAAAGACAACAAGCUGUCAACACCUUAUCCCAAUUCGAAAAGCUUGCCCAAGGUAAGAUUAGUGAAGCUGAAAUGUAUGAACAUAAUGAAUGUUUGAUCUAUAAAAAUGAUAUUAUGUAUAAAGCAGCCGGUGAUAACCCAGAUAAAUUGAAGAAUGUUUUACAUCAUUUAGAAGAUAUCGAACCAAAUGUCUUCGAUAAAUUUGGUCUUUUAGAAAGAAAGGCUUCUAUUUAUAUGAAGUUAGGUCAAACCAAGGAAGCAUCUUUAGUCUACAGAACUUUAAUUAAAAGGAACCCAGAUGACUUUAAGUACUAUAAACUGUUGGAAGUAUCUCUUGGUAUCACUACAAAUAACAAAUUAAGAAAGGUACUGUAUGAAAAACUUGCAUCCUUCUAUCCAAGAUGCGAAGCACCAAAAUUUUUACCAUUAACUUUCAUCCAUGACGAAGAAGAAUUGACUAAAAAACUAGGCGAAUACGUCUUACCUCAAUUGAAACGUGGUGUCCCAGCUGCUUUCUCUAACGUUAAACCGUUAUACUUGAAGAGAAGAAAUUUGGUCCCAAAGCUGUUGGAAAAAAUUGUCAUUCAGUACUUGUCAGAACAGGACUCUAGGGAACAUCCAAUUCCAUAUAUCUGGUGCUGUUACUUCCUUUCUCAACAUUAUUUGAAUCUAAGAGACUACCAAAAGGCUCAAGAAUACAUUGAAAAAGCCAUCGAACAUACCCCAACCAUGGUUGAAUUUUAUUUAAUGAAGGCCCGUAUUCUAAAGCACACUGGCGAAUUAGAGAAAGCUGCUUCAAUUGUCGAAGAAGGAAGAAAACUAGAUCUACAAGAUAGAUUUAUCAAUUGUAAAGGUGUUAAAUAUUAUUUGAGAGCUAACCAAGUCGACAAAGCUGUCGAGGUUGCCUCAUUAUUCACUAAGAAUGAUGACUCAGUGAAUGGUGUUAAAGAUCUUCACCUUGUCGAAGCCUCUUGGUUUAUCUCUGAACAAGCUGAAGCAUACUACAGAAUGCAUAUUUCUGCUCAAAAGAAACUUGACGAAUUGAGAGCUGAAACUGCUAGUUCUAACGAAGACGAAAUUACUACCGAGAUCAAAGAUCUAGAAUGGUCUGUUCAAAAAUAUAAGGGUUUAUCUUUAAAGAGAUUUUAUGCUAUCAGUAAAUUCUACAAACAAUUCGAAGAUGAUCAAUUAGAUUUCCAUUCUUAUUGUAUGAGAAAAGGUACUCCACGUGCUUACUUAGAGAUGCUAAAUGCCGGCCAACGUCUAUACACUCAACCAAUGUAUGUUCGUGCAAUGAACGGAGCUUCAAAAAUAUAUUUCAAUUUAUAUGAUAAUUCAUUGAAGCGCAAACAAGAUGUCGAUGUUGAAACUACUACAUUACCAGGUGGUGACAAGAAGAAAGCUAAGAAAGAAGCUGCCAGCUUGGCCAAACGUAAGGGUGAAGAAAAGAAACAAGUACUUGCAUAUUCAGAAACAGAGGAUCAAGAUGUGUUUGGCGAAGAGUUGUUAGCUACUGAAACACCAUUGGCAUCGUUUAGUGAUAAUUUUUACGAAAAUUACAAUAAACAAGCUAAGGAUUACGAAAGAAAUCAUAUCUUAGAUUUUGAAUAUCAAUAUAGAAAUGGCAAACUUGCAUUAUGCUUAGGUGCACUUUCUAAAUUUGAAAAGAGACAUGGUCAAAAAUCUGGCUUGUUUGGUGCUAUGGCUAUUACAUUAUUGUUAGCUACCAAAGAAAGUAGUUCUGUAGAUAUGAUUGCUAAGAAGGUAGCCAUGAAGGGAUUAGAAACCGAUUAUUCAUUUUUACCAUUAAAGGAAGUUGAAAAUGAAUCAUUUGAUUGGUUAACUUAUUUCAAAGAAAAUUUCAACAGCCACGAUUUGAAUGCUUUGGUAUUUUUAAAACAAACAUACUUGUUUGAAGAUGGUAGAGUUAAUGAAAUGAUUUUGAGUGCUAUCUCUCAUGAUGAACCUCUUUUACAGAAUUAUAUCUUACAAUACGUCUUAUAG